AGCUUUAGUCGUUUUAUUCUCUUUGCAGAAAUAUCUUCAACUAUCUUUACAUGGUUCAUUGCUAACAUAACAGACAUAAAUACCUAAAAAAUGAAAAAUCUUAUUUUCUUUCUGUACGCGAUUCUGGUGCCCAGUUUAAACGCUAUCCCCGUAGAUGUCAUCCAGAGAAAUAUUCCAGUAGAAGUGAGGUAUGACCAGAUCCUCCCAGGAAUUGUAUCCAGGGAGCAAGUUCUAAUGCACGGAAGAAGGAACUUAGAUGCAAAGGUGCAAUUAUCUUCAGACGAACUGCCUCAGGUAUUGAAACAUUUACCGAUUCCACUUGAAUCUGAUCUCGUUCCUGAAAUUGUUAGCGAGGAAAAAGUUCAGGUGGCAUCAGAAGUCGAAAACAAUGCAGUUAAAUCUUUAAUUCAACCUGAAGAUCAAGAAAGUGUUGAAGUUCUUCCCGAAAAACCUAUUGAUUUACCAAUAGAGGUUCCAGAGACACCUUUCGUGAAAUCUUUAUUAGCCCCAGAACCACUUAGCGAUUCGAACACUGUUCUGCAAAAAGCAGCUCCAAAACCUGCCCAGACCUUAGACAGUGUCUUACAAGAAACUCAGAACAUCAUCAGAGUUGGUCUUAAGAAUUUGAGAGACUCUUUCAAACCAAACAAAGGCGAAUUGGGUCCCACUGCUGAACAAUGGGCUACGUUGGAGAAACAAGUUGACGAAUACUUCUCAGAAGAAAAGCACAAACUCGCUAUUAGACAAUCUCAACCAGUAGAAGGUGGAUCUACAGCAGCACCAGUAGCCCAACAGCCUCAAAAUAACUGGGUCCAGAAUAUCGUUAAUGGAAUUAAUGGAAUUGCUAGUAACUUUGUCCAGAGUAUACAGAGUAUAGGAAGUGCUACUAGUGGUGGAGCACAACCUCCCAAUGGACAAGCAGAUGAAGGAGCGGCAGGAGCACCACCAAGUAAUGGAUUCCAAGGAUUCGUUCAGUUUUUCAAUAAUGGCAUAAGCAACAUUGUAUCUACUAUCACAGGUACAAAUAAUAAUCAACCUACGACUUCAAAUAACAACCUUAGUGAUCCUGGAAGCGGUGCCACUCAAGCGCCUGGUAAUGUUAUAGGAGGAUUUUUUGGUACCAUUGUAAGUAAUGUACAAAAUGCUUUUGGCAUUCAACCACCACCACAAGGAGCACAAGGCGAUACUGGGUCACAACAACAAAAUGGACCAGUCCAAGUAAUUCAGUCAGUGGGUAAUGCCAUAUCAAACUUCUUUGGAGGAAAUAGGCCUCCAUCCAAUAGUCAAGGAGAUGAAGGUGCAUCGGCCCAACCAGGAAAUAGCAAUAUAAUUCAAAAUAUUCAAAACGCUAUCCAAAAUAGUCCAUUAAAUCCGUUCAGACCACAAAACGGACAAACUCAGGUCAAUGCAAAUCCAGUUCAACAAGCUGUUCAAAGCAUUGGAACUCAAGUACAACAACUAAUCCCAACUGGAGGAAGUGGAGCUAGUCCACAACCUCAACCAGCUAAUCCAAGCGGUGCUAAGAAUCCUGUAUCUGCUCAAGCUGGUUCUGAAGACUUGAAACCUGUUGAGGCUGUUCCAGUUCUCGAAAUAGAGGAACCAAUUAAGGAAAAUGAAAUCGUUAAAAAACAACUUCCUUUAGAUGUAAAAUAAUAAAUACAAACAAAAAUUACGUCUCUUGACAUUUAUGACUGGUAUUCAAUAAGAAUGAUGUUUUAGUUUUUAAUAUUUAAUUAAUUUAUUUUAAUACACAAAUAAAUGACUGAAAGUCAA